UGUAUGGGCCAGCUUGUGGAUAUUGCUCCCUCAACAGCUUGGCAAGUAGACCCCAGCCCAGUCCCCACUUCCACCACCUUCCCUCAUCAUCCCUUAGAGAAGCAGAAACUCCACCGUGAACUCGCAGGCCCCCUACCCAGAACACCAAAUCGAUCCCUAGGCUAACAAAACACCUGAUCAGAGGGAAAUUGUUGCAGAACCAGCGAAUCAAAGUGGUGUGUAAAGGGAGCCCCGGUUGGUUUUUGUAGCAUCAUUGAGAGUUAGAAAAUUGAAAGUGAAGGUGUCUUCACCUUUGAUAUUCUGGUGAGGGUUAGACGUGAUUUGGGUGAAUAUUUUUAUUAGUAGCUAUAAGCAACAAAGUUAUAAAUGGGAGGUAUUGAAGAUAUUGUGACCUUGAAGAGAACUGUAUUUGUAACUGUGGGUACGACAUGCUUUGAUGCUCUGGUUAAAGCAGUAGAUACUUUGGAAGUUAAACAAGAGUUGUCUAGGAGAGGGUACACCCACCUGAUCAUUCAGAUGGGUCGAGGAACUUGUGUUCCCACUAAGCAGUCUCUUGGAGAAGAUGGUUCCCUUGCUGUAGACUACUUCACUUUUUCAUCAAGCAUUGCUGAUCAUCUGAAGUCAGCAUCUCUUGUAAUUAGUCAUGCUGGGUCAGGGAGCAUUUUUGAGACCUUGCGACUGUCUAAACCUUUAAUUGUGGUGGUUAAUGAAGAUUUAAUGGACAAUCAUCAAAGUGAGCUUGCUGAAGAGCUAGCAGAGAGGAACCAUUUAUAUUGUGCUCGUCCUCAAGACCUAGAUAAAGUUAUAGCUGGUAUGGAUUUGGAGUCACUCUUGCCAUACCAUCCAGGUGAUGCCAAGCCAGUUGCCAAGCUUAUAAACAGGUUUCUCGGUUUCCCAGAUGAGUGAUGAAGUUACAAUUUGUUUUAUGUACGAUUUCAAAUUUGGUAUAUGUUAAAUUGUACUAUUUACAUGAUAGAUCAACAACAUGUUCAACGUCAAAGUUGGUUUGUUUGGUUGUUUGGGUAGUUGAAGAUCACAUGUUGUAAGAUCUGUGGAUCAGGAUGACAUGCAAUAGGCUAAUGAAUUAGCAUAUUGUUGCCCUCAGUUUGACUCGGCCCUAGAAUUUCAUUCUUUGCUCUUCUCAGUCUAUGUAAUUGCCACAUGACUUGUGGAACUGUUAAAUAGACUUGGAUAAGAUAA